AAGGAGGCGCGGAUUUGAAGGCAGCGGCGGGAGGGGCGGCGCGGCGCGGCGCAGGAGCCCUGGAGUCUGUGAAACACUGAAAGUCAAGUGGAAUAAGUAGAUGAUUGUCAAACCUUUAUUCUGAAUUUGAUCCAACAAAAAGGGAAACUGCUAGAAAAUGUCACCUGGGAAAGUUCUGCAACCUGUACUGAAAAUGAAGGUGGAUGAACUCUUUUUGUGCUGGUUGAGUCAGCCUGCAACUCAGCUGACACUAAAGGACUGCUUGAGAAGAAUCAAGAACGAGGAGGAAGUGGAGACUGGUCAUGGAGAUACAGGAAAUGAUAAAAAUGAGAGGCUCGCUAAUAAAAAUUCCAAUUCCAAGCAAUGUGUGUUAGGAGAUCCCAGAUUGCCUUUGUCUUUCAGUCCUCCCCAGCUUUCUACUACUCUUCCAUUGGCAACUCCAGCCAGCCCAAGGAACAUUUCUAAUGUUAGAGCAACACGUCGAUCCUCAGGAACCAGAGUAGUUCAGACAAAGAAAGAAGAAACUUUGCCACCACCACUUAGUCAAAACAUUCCGACUUUCUAUUUUCCUCGAGGAUGUCCUAAGGAAAAAGUGAAUAUAGAUGCUGUGAUUGCCAAAAUUGAGAGGACUUUCUCUGAGUUUCCAAAUGAGAGGGCAACGUUAGAAGACAUGGGGAAGGUUGCAAAGGCUUGUGAAUGCCCACUUUACUGGAAAGGUCCUUUGUUUUAUUGUGCUGGAGGUGAACGAACAGGAUAUGUGUCAGUUCAUAAAUUUGUUGCAAUGUGGCGGAAAAUACUUCAGACCUGCUAUGAUGAUGCUGCAAAGUUUGUUCAUCUUCUAAUGAACCCUGGAUGCAACUACUUGGUGCAAGAAGACUUCAUUCCUUUUUUACAAGAUGUGGUGAAUAGUCAUCCUGGCCUAUCAUUUUUAAAAGAAGCAUCUGAAUUUCAUUCUCGGUACAUUACCACAGUUAUACAGAGAAUAUUUUAUACAGUAAAUAGGUCCUGGUCUGGGAAAAUAACUUGUAACGAGCUCAGGAAAAGCAACUUCUUGCAGAAUGUGGCAUUAUUGGAAGAGGAAGCUGAUAUUAACCAGCUGACAGAGUACUUCUCAUAUGAACAUUUUUAUGUUAUCUAUUGCAAAUUUUGGGAGCUGGAUACAGACCAUGACCUCUAUAUUGAUCGGAAGGAUUUAGCUCGACAUAAUGAUCAUGCAAUUUCAAAUAGGAUGAUAGAACGGAUCUUCUCAGGAGCAGUAACAAGAGGUAGAAAAGCACAAAAAGAUGGGAAAAUUAGCUACGCUGAUUUUGUCUGGUUUUUGAUAUCUGAAGAGGACAAGAAGACACCAACUAGCAUUGAAUACUGGUUUCGCUGUAUGGAUCUUGAUGGGGAUGGUGCUUUGUCUAUGUAUGAAUUGGAGUAUUUUUAUGAAGAACAGUGCCAAAAAUUAGACAACAUGGCCAUAGAACCUUUGCCAUUUGAAGACUGUUUGUGCCAGAUGCUAGAUCUCGUGAAGCCACAAUAUGAAGGAAAAAUUACUCUGCAUGAUUUAAAGCGAUGUAAGCUGACAAAUGUGUUUUUUGAUACUUUUUUCAACAUUGAAAAAUACCUUGACCAUGAACAGAAGGAUCAGUUUUCUAUGUUGCGGGAUGGUGAAGGUGAAAGCCAAGAGGUCUCUGACUGGGAGAAGUAUGCUGCUGAAGAGUAUGAUAUCUUGGUAGCAGAAGAGGCAGCAAGUGACCAGUGGAAUGACGGGUAUGAAGCAGAACUGAAUCCUGUAGACCAUCAGAAGGCCAACGUCCUAAAGUAUCAAAUGGAAAAAAGACCAUUUUUUGAAAUGCCUUCCCAUCUGGCUGAUGUAGACUUGGAUGAAUAUGACUAUGAAGAGGACUUUGAGUAGUCAUUGCUUACGGUCAACACUUGCAGAAGAGAAGGGACAGUCUGCAGCAGGUCUGCUACACACCUGUAUGUUUCAGUGGGUUUUGUUUCCAGGAAGUCAGCUUAGUUUUGUGCUAAAAAUAUUUAAUCACUACACUACCUUUUAAAUAGAAGAAGCGCAUUUGUAUGGAAUGAUGAAACUUUUUGUAUUUAUUCAAUAGUCUAUAGUUUGUAAAAUAGAUUAAAAUAUUUAUUUACAGAUGUUGCAUAAUUCCUUUUUGGAAGAAUAACAAUAUUUGACUUUAGAGAAAAGUAUUCUACUGUUUUUAUGAGAACUGUGUAAUUUUCUUGAAGUUGAUGUGUGGUGCACUGACCAUCCCCGCCCCAUAUGUGAACAGGUAUUCCUGUCCUGCUGUGGGAGGUAAGGAGACAAUUUAUACCUGGCCUGCAAUGCUUAUAUGCUCAUAGACAGCCCUAAGGGUUUUAUGCCUUGGCAAGGAAGAGACGUGACUGUGAGUGCGUGAUCCAGCUCCCAUUUACAAACAGUUUCAUUUGAAAAGCCGAGCGUAUUGGCACGCAAGAAAAGCGAACGCCUGAGACGAGUUGCUUCUCUUCUCUGUGUAGUCCUUGUUUGCCCCAACUUUAAUUUUGCUUGCCCUUUUAAACUUCAGUCUUUUCAUUGAUGUUCAUUAUAAAAAGAUUAUUUAAUAAUGAAGUCUGGUUUAGUGUUCAUACUUGAUCCAAAAUGAGUGUGUUAAUUCAUGUAGAAGGAACCAAUUUUUUUAAAAUCCUUUGUAUAAAUGUUACUUGAUCAGUGAUGUGCACUAAUUUGUUGUGGGCAUUCAGUGCUGUUGUCUGUCCCCCCUUCAGUUGUUUGCUAUUGACACAUUCCAUGGAUAUUCAUCAGUGUCACAGCAGCUUGAAAUUGUUGCCUCACUCUUACUGUUAAACAGAUUUUGAGAAGAAAAAAAAAUGUACAAAAAGAUGUAAGUUAUUUUUUGGUUGCAGUGUAGAUCUGUUAAAAUGUUUAAAAAUCAUGUUUGUAUUUUCAAAUAAAGAUUUUCAUAUAUGUAA